AUGCUCGCCACACUAUGGCUUCUGGCGGCCCCCUUCGCUCUUGGCCAGUCAGACAUUCCUCUAUCCCAGCCAAUUCAGGGUGUCCUUGCUACGAACAACAAUGACCUAUAUACAUACCCAACAGAUUUCACUCAAGGCAUUAUGCCCAAGACCGUACAUUCUCACAACGAUUAUUGGAGACCCAAGCCAUUUUACAGCGCUCUCUCGAAUGGAGUAAUCUCAGUCGAAGCUGAUGUUUGGUUAUAUAAUGGCACGCUAUAUGUUGGCCAUGAGCAAUCUGCACUUACACACGCCCGCACUUUUGACUCUCUUUAUAUUCAACCCAUUCUUUCUGUUCUCAAGAAGCAGAACCCCAGCUCUCCUGUCGUAACUGCACCUACGAAGAAUGGCGUCUUCGAUACGGACGCUGGCCAAACUCUCUACCUUUGGGUCGACGUAAAGACCGAUGGUCCUUCUACCUGGCCCUACGUCGUCCGUGCGCUCGAACCUCUUCGCGCUGGUGGCUGGCUUACCAAGUACAACGGAACCGGAAUUACCAAUGGCACUGUUACAGUCAUCGGAACUGGUAACACUCCCAGGGCACAAGUCGAGAGCCUGAAUGAGCGUGACUACUUCUUCGAUGGACCCUUGUCGACCUUGAAUGGCACGGCAAACACCAACAUUACUCAAUUCCUUAGCCCUAUUGCCAGCACCAGUUUCAAGGCUUCAUUCGGAUGGCCUAGGGACGGCAAGCUCAAUGAAACUGCAUUGGCCAAGCUGCGCGGACAGAUUGCGUCUGCCAGUGCGAGAGGCAUUGGCACACGUUAUUGGGAAACUCCCAACUGGCCUAUUGGUAACAGAAAUGCCAUUUGGCGUCUGCUUUACAACGAGGGUGCCACACUCAUCAAUGCAGACGAUCUUGCGGGAAUUGCCAACUUCUGGGAUGGAGAUCUGUAA